AUGUUUCUACGAACAUUGCCUCAAGCCAGUGGCACACUUCAAAAGACAUUCACUCGUGGUGCGGCAAAGGGUAUUAAGAUUGAAACCCCGUUGAACGAUGCGCUUCCAUUUAAAGGAAUCGAUGCAGCCAAGAAGCCGAAAAAGGUGGCUCUAGAUGCAGGCAAAUCGUAUACGUGGUGUUCUUGCGGUCUCUCGACUUCGCAGCCAUUCUGUGACGGGUCUCACAAAUUGGAUGGACUCACGACUUGCCGGCCCGUUAGAUUUCAGGUCGAAAAGAGCGGAGAGUAUCAAAUGUGCAUGUGCAAACAGACUGAUCACCGACCAUUGUGUGAUGGGAAGCAUAAGAAUGUUUCGCCAAUUCCACGCGAUGCACCGACUCAAGGAUUGUUCAAUAUCGCAUUCAGUGAUAAUAGUCCCGUUUAUGAAGGAGUUGCCAAAAAGCUCGGCUAUCGGCCAAAGAAUGGCGGAUUUCAGUGG